ACGUCUGUAUUUCUUCUUCUAUUCUUCUUGUCUGUGGGUUUAUGCCUGUAGUUUUCUCUGUCUGGGUUAAGUAAAACUUCCCUUCUUGUUCUGUGAGUUCCAAUGCGUUUGUGUUGUUGUGUUAUCACAAUUUGUACUUAUACGAUGAAAAUAUCUUUCUCAAAAUUCCCAAAACACUUUCUUAGUCCUCUACUUUUGACACAAACAUAAAUCUCUCUAGUCUCUCUGAAUAAAUAAAACGAUUGCUUGUUUUGCUGUGUUUUCUGCAGCAAAAAGAAAAUUUUAUACGACAUUUUUUGGUCAUAGUUUUGACACAAUUGAAUCUUUUUACUAAACGUUGUAAUAUUUGAGAGUAGUUUUCUUCUACCUUGUGGGGCAAUGACUGGUACUGGUAUUUGGGGGUCACCCAGAUUCUUUUCCACUCAAAAUCAGACACGGAAAUUGUUUUUUUGUACAAAAACAAAAAGAAAAGCUUCCUUUUUGUGGAAAAAGGGGCCUGCUUUUACGUCGCAAACAAAUGCCCAUGUCUGAUUUUUCUCCUUUCUGUACCCUCUCUUAUGCUCCACUUUUCUAACCGACUGUUUGCUUGCGGAGAAAACGGAGGAAACUUCCUAGGCACAACUGGGUUCUUGAUUUUGUUUCUUUUUAGCCAACCAAUGAGAGGCCCGGGGCUGGUUUUGAUUGAAUUAAAGCGUCACUGAAAUGGAAGGUGAUAUAUUUUCUGGCAUAGGAAAUGGAACUGAUCAAGUAGAUAGCAAAGUUUUGCAGACAUUUCAGAAGAAUUUUGUGCAAGUCCAGGACAUUUUGGACCAGAACAGGUUACUAAUCAAUGAGAUCAACCAAAACCAUGAGUCAAAGAUCCCUGAUGACUUGAGCCGAAAUGUGAGCUUGAUUAGGGAGCUUAAUAACAAUAUCAGAAGGGUGGUGGAUCUCUAUGCUGAUCUUUCGAGCUCUUUUACCAAGUCAGUGGAGGCUUCAUCGGAAGGAGAUUCAGGUGGGAGUUUGAAAUCCAAUGGAAAAGCCAGUCAGAAGAGAAUUAGGUCCGGGUAAUUUAUUUAACCGAGCUUCUGCAUCGAUUCUGCACGCUUUCAUUGUGGGAUAAGAAUGAGUAUUUCAGUAUAUGAAGGAAAGGAUACGAAGAAAAUUUUCUUACUCCUCUAUAUUAGUCAAAACGUGUUGUAGGUUUUAUGCUUCAGUUUAAUUUUUACCAUUUUCAUUGGAAUAACUUUUUUUUUUCCUGUAGUUUUAGGAUGAUUUACUUCAACAAGGAACGUGCCAAAUAUGAACUAAAUUUCAGUGUAAUCUUCUUAACUCAUUGGAUUCAACCAUGCUUCUGUUUUGAAAUCUUCAAGUUUGAGGCAGAUACUGAUUACUUUGGGUACUAUGGAGAUAGCUUUGAUCUUUA